AUGGGGGCCUCAGAGUCCAAGCUAGUCUUCAAGCAGGGCAUCUUUCGCCUCUCCGAGGAGAAAGAGAUCCCCGCAGACGACCCCUACUGGACGCGAUUUUGGGAGCUCCCUGAAUCUACCGAAGAUGUCUUCAGCUUAUUCACGCCGGCCGACAUUCGACGAACGCGAGACCACGCCCUGUCCAACUUCGAGACUCUACUGCUUUCAGUAUCGUCGCGACUGAUAGUUCUCAAGAAUCACCCGUCGUUCCCCGAUCCAGAUCUCGCCCCCGACCGCGAUGCGCUCAACUGUAUCCGCGUGCUUACCCGACUCCUCCCCUUUGUCUACGAAGCCGACCAUCUCGAAGAAUGGGAAGAGAAGUUUUUCUGGUCACGUCGCAAGAAGAAGACAAGACAGGCGCAAAUUGCCGGAGAGGUUCUUUUUGAUGAAGCUCAGCUGGAGGACCAGCAGGAUGGAUCCUCUCCGCGCUCGGAGGAAUACGAGGAUGUGAAGCCUCUCGCCGAGGAGCUGAUUGACACGCUGUUCGACCUGCUCUUCUUCGCAGAAUUCACCAUUCCUACUCUUCCGACUGCAAAGAGCAAAAUCUCCUAUGCGAUAUGGCAAAGUGGUGUCGGUUGCAACUCCGCAAUGGGGUCCAAUAAGAACUUGGAGAACAACCGAUGCGAGAUCUUACGACUUCUCCUGACAAUGACCGGCAAAGCGAUGUACCUGCCAUCAAACACACUUCCGGUACAAGGUGUCAAGGCUAUCACCUACAUCACCAGCUGCCAGGAUAAACAGGCUGUGUUGACACUGCUCUGCUCGCUUCUGAACACGGCUAUGAAAUACAAUCCUGCAUCGUGGAGGGUCCCAUACGACCAUGUGGUUUGGAAAGAUUCAAAGCAAAUCAUGGUCAUCUAUUGUCUGCAACUCCUGCUGGUUCUCCUCAUGUACCCCAUUCCAGAAGAGGGUCGUGGGACCCCACCAAAGAACUAUUACCGUCAUUAUUAUGGAAGAUUGCAUAGGCCACAAGACUUCCAGUUCAUUGUGGAUGGCAUGACAAGGGUUUUGAAUCAGCCAAUGCAAGCGACCAGCUCCUAUCUCCCUGGGAGUCAAAGGACAGUAAAGUGGGCACCGGAAAUCCUGAUUCUCUUUUGGGAGACCCUGCAGUGCAAUAAGCGAUUCAGGUCCUUUAUCAUCGACUCCAAUCGCUCGCACGACUUCCUUAUCCUCUGCAUCUUUUACGCAAUGGAGUACCGGAACGAUCCUUCCAAGCAAGGUGUGGUCCGAAUGUGCAUUUUCAUUCUCCAGACAAUGAGCGCAGAGACGACUUUUGGCAAGAGCAUCAACAUGAAAUUCGAGGCUCAGGAGACCCUACCCCAAUCUAUUAGGCUGCCAAGGUUCCGCGGCUCCUAUGCUGACUUUCUCAUCAUUUCUAUCCAUGUUCUCAUGACUACCAGCAAGGGUAACCUUGACACGGUCUAUCCUUCCCUUCUGAUCAUUCUCAACAACAUUGCUCCUCAUAUUCAGCAUGUCUCCCCAAGCGCGAGCUCCAAGAUCAUUCAGCUCUUCUCUUCCAUGUCCGCGCCCAGCUUCUUGCUGGCCAACGAGACGAAUCAUUCUCUUCUUGCAUCGCUGCUUGACUUCAUCAAUGCGAUCCUGGAAUACAAAUUCACGGAAAACCCAUAUUUUGUUUACGCAAUCCUGAAGUAUAAGCAACGCUUUGAAGCGGUACGAGAAUUCACUCUGGAAAGUGGCCAACAGGAAAUCGAACGUCAAAGGGAGAGACGGAAGGCUGGAUCUACUCCUCGAGAUAUGUCUGCGAGCCCGACACUUUCGCAAUCGGAAGAGGACCUGCACAUUCAGUCAGGUGCUCGCUCCCCUCUGACUCAAAUUCCAGAGGAGAACAGUGCAUUCGCAAUUGGGGAUGAUGAUUCCGACGAUGAAGGACAACAUACGCCUUCCCAGUCGUCCCCCUCGGCUCAAACCUCACGCAGGCCCUCUAUUGCGUCCACAGCCGAUGAGACGGGCUCGCAAGUGCGAGGCAUGUCCGAGAAGGCUCGCGGCAAGAUGCCUGCUGGGCAUCCACCUUUCUCGCGUCAGAACAGUGUUACCAGCCAAACCAGCAUGACUGCUCUUUUCACGUCGCCAUCUAUCGGAUUUACACCAACUGUUGCUUGGCUUGAAUCCUGGCUUCCGGAGCUUCCUUUGCACACGAUUAUCACUAUCAUCUCCGCCAUCGCACCUCAUAUUCCUGAUGCUGCGCUACAGAGCACUUCUAGCCCAGAGGCUCGUACUUUGAUCAGCAACCUUCCGUCCUUCGCCGAUGAGCCCCAGGUCAAGAGCAUCAUCGUGGAACCAACUCCGACUCGUGCACAAUCGUUCGAAUGGUCUGCACUCUCCAUGGGCUGGUAUGAGUCUCUCCUGUGGGGCUUCAUUUUCUCCAGCGAGAUGGUUGUCGGUACUGCCGCAGGUGCAACGCCAGGCACCGUUGGGGUGUGGAAUGGAACCGGGAUCCGCCUGUUCAAGGUUCAGGAGGCUGCCGCUCAAGGGCCGACCUUACUUGCUCCAAAGGGAGCAGUUGAUGCAGUCGGGAGCAACCUCGUUCAACGGAUUGGCAAUCUCAGCCUCCGCGGCCGAAACUCGACCUCGCAGGAGCCUCCGAUUAGUUCAACCCCGAGCGUGCGGGAGGUUUAG